AUGUUUUCAAUAUUAUUAUGUGCCGGUUUAAUUAUUUCUGUAUUUUUGUUAAUUAGUUUACUUUAUGUAAAAUUAACAUUGGGUGUCUGUAAAUGCAGUAAACACCUUGUUGGUAAAGUGGUUAUCAUAACAGGUGCUAAUUCAGGGAUUGGAUAUGAGACCGCGAAAGAUUUGGCCCACAGAGGCGCUCGAGUUAUUUUAGCUUGCAGAAAUGAACAACGCGGCCUGACAGCUCAGAACAACAUCAUUGCAGAUACCGGCAAUCAAGAUAUCCAUUACCGUCAACUGGACUUGGCAUCUCUGAGUUCCGUAAGAAAUUUCGCUGAAGAUAUUCUUAAAAAUGAAAAACGACUUGAUGUGCUUAUAAAUAAUGCGGGAAUAUAUGCCACUAAAUGCACUAAAACUGUUGAUGGUCAUCUUCUUGAUCUACAAUCCAACCAUUUAGGACCCUUCCUGUUAACAAAUCUACUGCUUCCAUUGUUAAAGAAAACAGGCUCGAGUCGAAUUGUCAACGUUUCAUCGAUAGCUCACAAGUAUGGUAAACUCGAUGUCAAUGAUUUAAAUAUGGAAAAACAACCAUAUAGUGGAGGAGCAGCAUAUGCCAACUCAAAGUUAUGUAAUGUUUUAAUGACGGCUGAAUUAUCACAACAGUUGAAGGGACAUGACGUAACAGCGAACUCAUUACACCCAGGCGUAAUUGAUACUGAUAUUAUACCAAAUAGAGAAAAAAUAUUGAUGAAAUUAUUAAGUUUAUUAUUCAAACCAUAUUUUAAAACCAAAUGGGAAGGUGCACAGACGAGUAUUUACUUGGCGGUGUCCCCUGAGGUGCAAGGUGUUAGCGGAUACUAUUACAGUGAUUGUCAACAGAAGUCUACUUCUAAGUUAGCUCAAGAUAGAAAUCUGGCUCGCAGACUAUGGGAAGUGUCUGAAAAACUUGUGAAAAUAAAUUAA